AGCAGGAGCAGGAACACAGAGCACAGAAGGGUAGAAGCCGCUGAAGCAGAAGCCGUUGGACAGCAGGCCAGGAUGGGCGACUAUCACGAGUUCACGGACCAGUACAAGGUGCCGGUGAUAGCGAAGCUACUCCACGCCCUGCCCCACUACAACAUCACGUUCCACAAGAUCAACAGCACGUUCCGGCCCAACGAUGAGAUCUACCUGGAGAGUCUGGGCAUUUUGGGCUCCGUUCCGGCCGCCCUGCUGAUCGUCUCGCUGCUGGGACUGCUCUUCUAUCUGAUGACCCGCUGCUGCGACCGGAAGCCCCGCCCGGCCCACUCGAUCACCAGCCUGAAGGUGGCCCUCUCCAUCGUGACGGUCAUGUGCUGUGCGGCCAUCGGACUCGGGCUAUAUGGCAACGAUGAUCUGCACAACGGACUGCUCGAGGUGCUGACGGCGGGCAGGAAGGUGGACAAUCUGGUCACGACCAUACGCAAUCAGACGCACAUCCUGGAGAACACGCUAACGAAUCGCAUUCGACCGCAGCUGGUGGAGCUGGCGGAUAUCUUCGAUCAGCCCGUCUCGAAUCAAACGGCCCUCUCCAAGCUCUUCGUUUCGCUCAAUAUUGUCCAGGGAAAUGUUACGCUAGCCACGAAUGCGGCCAGCGAUAUCCGACGACCCCUGAUGGGCAUCUCCAUGACGCACUUUUUGACGCGCGGCGAUCAAUGGGAACUGAUCCGCUGGCCAGGCACGGUGGCCACCUUGGCCCUGCUCCUCGUCCUGUGCGCCGUCCUGCUGGUGGGCGUGGCCCGGCACUCGCGCUGCGCCCUAAUCCUGUUCAGCGUCUGCGGCCUGCUGGCCGUCACCGGUUCGUGGCUGAUGUCCGGCCUGUAUCUCUCGUCCUCGGUGGCCGUCGGCGAUCUGUGCAUCUCGCCGGCGGACUUCCUCGUCUCGACGGCUCCGCGUGACCUGCCCACCAAUGUCCUGCUGCACUACACCCAAUGCGAGCCGGGGCACACGAAUCCGUUUACCCAGCGCCUGAGGGAAUCGCAGAAUUCGCUGAACAAUGCACGCAGUGCCAUGGCCACGGUGAUGAAGAUAUCCCUAGUGUUGUUUAAAUCGUCGGGUUUGCAACCCAAGCUGGGUGCCGUGAAUGCGGAUCUGAAUAGCAGCGAGCGGCUGUUGACCCAACUGACCGCACUGGUGGACUGCAAGGCGGUGCAUCACAAUUUCCUGGCCGCCGCCCGGGGAUUGUGCGAGGGCGGACUGCUGGGAUUGGUCCUCAUGCUGAUAGCCAGCUUCAUUGCGGCCAUUCUGCUGACGAUUAUGGUCUGGGUGGACUCGCACACGUGGAUCUACAUCAGGAAGCGCAAUGACUACGCCCAGGUGGAUGAACCGUCGUAUAUCUCGCAUCCGGCACCGCAGAAUCACCAGCAGAUGAUGAAUGCCGCCCGGACGCUGCCGCGAAAUCAUAAUGGGCACUUCAGUCCGCCGGUGAUCAGCGGCUCCCACACGCUCCAGCAUCCCAGCAAGCGGCAGCAGCACGAGAUGAUGGCCCACGCCCACAUCCAGCAGAACAUGCGCGCCAUGGGCACCCACACGCUGGGCCGGCUGCCGUCGCACAACCACAGCCCCACCCACAUGACCGGUCCCAAUAAUGCAGCAGCAGUCGCAGCAGCAGCCAAUGCCGCCGCCAAUAUGCCGCCGACCACGCAGGCCGCCCAGCAGCAACAACAGCAGCAGCAGCAGCAGCAACAGCAGCAACAGCAGCAGCAGCAACAGCAAUUGGGAGGACCACAGCCCAUCUAUUGCCAUCAUCCGCACCAGCAUCCGCAUCCCCAUCCCCAUCCGCACCAGCAUCCGCACUCGCAUUCGGCCGCCGCCGUUGCGGCUGCAGUGCAGCAUCAGCACGCGAUCUACCAUCAGCAGCAGCAGCAGGCGGCGCAGCAGCAGCAGCAGCAAUAUGGCACCUACACGACGGCCGCCCAUCAUGGUCCGCAUCAUUUGGGGCCGGGACAGAGCCAGAUAUACCAGCAGAUACCGGCCCAUUUGGCGCCACAACUGGCGGCGGCGGCGGCCAAUGGGAAUCCGCACUCCAUCUACCAGCCGCUCGUUGCCGUCAGCCAGGGCUCCAUCUAUGUAUCCAAUUUGGCCACGAUGCGUCGCCAGAAUAGCCAGGGUGGUCCGCAGAUACCGGCGCAUCAGCAUCCACCCAGUUUGCAUCAGCAGCAGCAGCAGCAGCCACCGCCGCCUUCGCAGCAGCAACAGCAGUUGCAUCAGCUAAAGUCACCGCAGCAACAUCAGCCACAUAUGCAGCAGCAACACCAGCAACAGCAGCAGCAACAUCACCAGCAGCAACAGCAACAUCACCAGCAGCAGCAGCAACAGCAAAACGAAUCGGAUGUCAUACCCAUUAGCACGGCCAUGGAUGGGGCCAUUUAUGAUCGGGACAAGCAGAUAUACAAGUGCUCCACUCUGCGGCAGGGCGGCAAGUUCGAUCCCAAGUACAAGCCAUCGAUACUCAAUUGUCCGCUGCCGGAGAUCCCCAAGGAUGCGGAGCAGCCCAAGGUGGAGUCCAUCUACGAGCAGCGCCAGCAGGCCCACCACCAGAACUACUCCAAGACUCUGCAGCGUCCGCCGAUGAAAUUGCCGCCGCAGAUGAAGGCGAUUCCGCCGCCGCGCAUUGGAACGCCCACAUCGCCGCCACCGCCGGUCGCCCAGUCGCUGAGCGAGGCCAAUGGAGGAGUACCCUCGGGCCUCCAGAAUGGCGGAGGCGGAGGAGGAGGAGGAAACGCCAACGAGGACACCUCGCUGCCGCCGCCGCCGCUGGAGGCGCAGCCGGAGGCGACAAAGGGUCGAAUGGGGCCCGGAGGACCAGGAGGACCCGCAGCCAAUGGCAAGGUCCUGCACAACGGAGGCGGAGGAGGAGGUGGCGGAGGUGUUGGGGGCGGCGGAGGAGCGGUGGACGAUGAUGAUGAUCUGCCGCCGCCGCCGCCAGCGAUAACCGACGAAAGCAACUAUGCGGUUACGGAGCUGUAAGAUGGAUAAUAUCCGGAAAAACCGAA